GGAUGGAUCAAACCUAAACUCAUUGUUGCAUUUGACUUGUAUUUAAAGCUCCUUGGACCAUCGACCUUUUGCAGCGCUAAAAAUGCCGACCGACACCAUUAUCAUCCCUCCAACCGCGGACGAGGCGACCCUAGUCUCCAAGAUCUAUACCGAAGACCAAGGCCCUCGUAAGGGUAUCUAUCUGACAUUCGCCAAUGCUCAGCGCCUGCUCAACUUCCACAUCCCCGGCAAGCAACUGAAAGAGCUCUCGUACUUCAAACGCGGCUACAACAAUCGCGUCUACUUGGCGCGUUGCACCGAUGCCACUGAGUAUGUAAUACGCCUUGGAGGUCGCUUCUGGGACCAUAAAAAGAUCACAAAUGAGGCCAUGGCGCUCGAAAUGGCCCGAAGCGCUUUGGACGAUAUCGCCCAAGUCCCCGCAUUUAUCGGCACCAGCAUCCAGGAGUCCAAGAUCCAUCUGGACGAGAGCAGUCGAAUCAUCCCACACGACUAUAUCAUCAUGGACCGAUUGCCCGGUGUGCCGCUCGACUCUGUCUGGGAAGACUUGUCACAGGACGAGAAGAAGAAGGUUGUCGAUCAGGUUUCCGAGAUUUUUUCACGCCUCCGCUCCAUCAAUCUGAAAGCCAUUGGCAACUUUGUGGAAGCACCAAGCGGCGAAGCGACUGUGGGCCCCUUGAUGGAAAGCGGUGGAGGGCCAUUCUCGAGCUGGGGGGAGUUUGUGGCUGGAAACAUCAAGCAGGAGACAACAUACAUGCUCCAGAGCAAGGACAGAUUCAUUGAGACCCUUCCAUAUUUGCCACGGAUCGAAGCAUUGGUUGAAAAGGUCAAGACAGGGGAGCUCGAGAAGAGAUUUGGAGAAAAGGGUACACUGCUCAAAAGAGCCAAAGUGGAUAAUCCGAUUUCGUUCCUCCAUGGCGAUUUCGAGGCCAGGAACAUGCUGGUGAUCGGAACCAAGAUCACGGGUCUUCAUGACUUCGAGUUCGCUGGAGGGUUCCCAUCCGAACAGGAGUGGUGUGCUGGUUUCGAAUGGCUGUUUGCGCGCUCAGAAGAUCCAUAUGAUGAAGGCGAACAGAAUAAGUUGCAGCAAAUGACAAGCGAUCAAAAGGAGCUGUUGGAGUACUUUUUGCGGAUUCUGAAGGAGAGAUAUGGUAUUCUUCAGUACGGCAAAGACAAUCAAGAGUAUAAGGUCGUGCUCUACCAUUUGCAAGCCAAUAUCGCGCCAUGGUGGUUGCGCGAUCUACCGAGGGAUAGCUGGACAGAGAAGCAGAUCAAGAGCAUGAAGACUGCUGCCGACUCUCUGGACAAAGCCCUGUCGUUCCUAGGAUGCUGAAGAUAAUUCACUGGCUGGCUACAUUGGAGACAAAUAAAGCGAACGAACGGACGCUUGAUGUGCGUGUGCAUAGUUA